GCUCCACAUUAGGUUGUUUACCUUCAGUGAUUGCCACUCUCUUCUUCGCAACCGUCACCGUGUAGUCUGGCAACAUGCUCACUGUCAUCGUGCAGAAUCAGCAACCCUGAGUGGACCGCUGUACAGAAGACAUCAUCCUGUUCCGGACAUCAUCUGCCAGAAUGAUCACUUUGAAAAUGUUCACCGUUGUUCUUCUGGUUGUUAGGUGCAUCAGCCUUCCAACAAGGAGAAAACGGUCAAGCCUGACUGAGGAGAAUUUAGGACCAGAAGCCUACCAUUGGAGCCAAGGACAGCCUGACAUUCAAGCAGACGCCCGAGAUGCGACAUUUUUAUCAUCUGAAGCAAUCCAGCGUAUUCUUAAAUUUCCCUCAGAGACCCCAAACCACUAUGACGCCACAAAUAGAAGGUAUAGCGAUGACACGCAAAACCAUGGCAUCACAGGAAAGAAACUUCCCCCUUGCUCACACACACAAGACUCCACACAUGAAGAAAAUAUCUCUUGGCCGCAUACUGAAGACUCUAGCCAUGAAGAUGAAAUGCAAUGCCGGCAUGUCCGUGACUCCACACAUAAAGCACAAACUCCAUGCCGGCAUACCCCUGACUUCACUCAUGAAGAACAAGCUCUUUUCCAGCAUACUCGUGACUCCAACCAUGAAGAACAAACCCCCUGCCAGCAUAAAAAAGACUCUAGUAAAAAAGAAAAAAGUCCUUGCGAACAUACUCCUGAACUCAAUCAUGAAGAACGAAUGCCUUGCCGGCAUAACCAUGGCAACAGAGAUGAAGAUAAUGACUCCGUUUAUUAUGAAAUUAAGCCUUGCCCGCCUAAACAUUACACAACACAUGCACCAUUAACGACUCCAUAUACUAGUGACACCACAAAGACAACACUGAUGAGUGAUACCACAAAAACGACACUUUCGAGUGAUGCUACAGAGAGCAGUGAAAGCACAUUUUCAAGUGAGAGCACCCUCUUCAGCGAAAGCACGCUAAGUAGUGAUAACACACCCUUGAGCGAUAGCACCCUUUCCAGUGACAGCACCCUCUCAAGUGAAAGCACCCUUUCCAGCGAAACUACACUAAGCAGUGGCAGCACCCUUUCAAGUGAUAGCACUCUUUGUAACGACAGCACACUGAGCAGUGACAGCACACUCUCGAGCGAUAGCACCCUUUCCAGCGACAGCACACGAAGCAGUGACAGCACACUCUCCAGCGAUAGCACACUCAGCAGUGACAGCACCCUCUCAAGCGAUAGCACCCUUUCCAGCGACAUCACACUGAGCAGUGACAGCACACUCUCGAGCGAAAGCACACUGAGCAGUGGCAGCACCUUUUCAAGUGAUAGCACCCUUUCCAGCGACAGCACACUGAGCAGUGACAGCACACUCUCGAGCGAUAGCACACUGAGCAGUGACAUCACCCUUUCCAGCGACAGCACAUUAAGCAGUGACAGCACACUCUCGAGCGAUAGCACACUGAGCAGUGACAGCACACUCUCGAGCGAUAGCACACUGAGCAGUGACAGCACCCUCUCAAGCGAUAUCACCCUUCCCAGCGACAGCACACUCUCGAGCGAUAGCACACUGAGCAGUGACAGCACACUCUCGAGCGAUAGCACACUGAGCAGUGACAGCACACUAACGAGCGAUAGCACACUGAGCAGUGACAACACACUUUCAAGUGACAGCACCCUUUCCAGCGACAUCACACUGAGCAGUGACAGCACACUCUCGAGCGAUAGCACAAUGAGCAGUGACAGCACACUCUCGAGCGAUAGCACACUGAGCAGUGACAGCACCCUCUCAAGCGAUAUCACCCUUUCCAGCGACAGCACACUCUCAAGCGAUAGCACACUGAGCAGUGACAGCACCCUCUCGAGCGAUAGCACACUGAGCAGUGUCAGCACACUUUCAAGCGAUAGCACCCUUUCCAGUGACAGCACACUGAGCAGUGGCAGCACCCUUUCAAGUGAUAGCACCCUUUCCAGCGACAGCACACUGAGCAGUGACAGCACACUCUCGGGCGAUAGUACACUGAGCAGUGACAGCACACUCUCGAGCGAUAGCACACUGAGCAGUGACAGCACACUUUCGAGCGAUAGCACACUGAGCAGUGACAGCACACUCUCGAGCGAUAGCACACUGAGCAGUGACAUCACCCUUUCCAGCGACAGCACAUUAAGCAGUGACAGCACACUCUCGAGCGAUAGCACACUGAACAGUGACAGCACACUCUCGAGCGAUAGCACACUGAGCAGUGACAGCACACUCUCAAGCGAUAGCACACUGAGCAGUGACAGCACACUCUCGAGCGAUAGCACACUGAGCAGUGGCAGCACCCUUUCAAGUGAUAUCACCCUUUCCAGCGACAGCACACUCUCGAGCGAUAGCACACUGAGCAGUGACAGCACACUCUCGAGCGAUAGCACACUGAGCAGUGCCAGCACCCUUUCCAGCGACAUCACACUGAGCAGUAGCACACUGAGCAGUGGCAGCACCCUCUCGAGCGAUAGCACACUGAGCAGUGUCAGCACACUUUCAAGCGAUAGCACCCUUUCCAGUGAUAGCACACUGAGCAGUGACAGCACCCUUUCCAGCGACAGCACACUGAGCAGUGACAGCACACUCUCGAGCGAUAGCACACUGAGCAGUGACAGCACACUCUCGAGCGAUAGCACACUGAGCAGUGACAGCACCCUCUCAAGCGAUAUCACCCUUCCCAGCGACAGCACACUCUCGAGCGAUAGCACACUGAGCAGUGACAGCACACUCUCGAGCGAUAGCACACUGAGCAGUGACAGCACACUUUCAAGCGAUAGCACCCUUUCCAGUGAUAGCACACUGAGCAGUGGCAGCACACUCUCGAGCGAUAGCACACUGAGCAGUGACAGCACACUCUCGAGCGAUAGCACACUGAGCAGUGACAGCACACUCUCAAGCGAUAGCACACUGAGCAGUGACAGCACACUCUCGAGCGAUAGCACACUGAGCAGUGACAGCACACUCUCAAGCGAUAGCACACUGAGCAGUGACAGCACACUCUCGAGUGAUAGCACACUGAGCAGUGACAGCACACUCUCGAGCGAUAGCACACUGAGCAGUGACAGCACACUCUCGAGCGAUAGCACACUGAGCAGUGGCAGCACCCUUUCAAGCGAUAGCAUACUCAGUAGUGACAGCACCCUUUCCAGCGAUACUACGCUGAGCAGUAGCAGCACCCUUUCCAGCGAUAGUCCGCUGAGUAGUGGCGGCACCCUUUCAAGCGAUAUCACAUUGAGCAGUGGCAGCACCCUCUCAACCGAGAGAACCCUUUCCAGUGACAGCACACAGAGCAGUGAUAGCGCCCUUUCCAGCGGCAGCACACUGAGCAGUGACAGCACACUCUCGAGCGAUAGCACACUGAGCAUUGACAGCACCCUCUCAAGCGAUAUCACCCUUCCCAGCGACAGCACACUCUCGAGCGAUAGCACACUGAGCAGUGACAGCACACUCUCGAGCGAUAGCACACUGAGCAGUGACAGCACACUCUCAAGCGAUAGCACACUGAGCAGUGACAGCACACUCUCGAGCGAUAGCACAUUGAGCAGUGACAGCACACUCUCGAGCGAUAGCACACUGAGCAGUGACAGCACACUCUCGAGCGAUAGCACACUGAGCAGUGACAUCACCCUUUCAAGUGACAGCACACUGAGCAGUGGCAGCACCCUCUCGAGCGAUAGCACACUGAGCAGUGUCAGCACACUUUCAAGCGAUAGCACCCUUUCCAGUGAUAGCACACUGAGCAGUGACAGCACCCUCUCGAGCGAUAGCACACUGAGCAGUGACAGCACACUCUCAAGCGAUAGCACACAGAGCAGUGACAGCACUCUUUCGAGCGACAGCAUACUCAGUAGUGACAGCACCCUUUCCAGCGAUACUACGCUGAGCAGUAGCAGCACCCUUUCGAGUGAUAGUCCGCUGAGUAGUGGCAGCACACUCUCGAGCGACAGCAUACUCAGUAGUGACAGCACACUUUCCAGCGAUACUACGCUGAGCAGUAGCAGCACCCUUUCGAGCGAUAGUCCACUGAGUAGUGGCAGCACCCUCUCAACCGAGAGCACCCUUUCCAGUGACAGCACACUGAGCAGUGGCAGCACCCUUUCAAGCGAUAGCAUACUCAGUAGUGACAGCACCCUUUCCAGCGAUACUACGCUGAGCAGUAGCAGCACCCUUUCCAGCGAUAGUCCGCUAAGUAGUGGCGGCACCCUUUCAAGCGAGAGCCCCCUUUCCAGUGACAGCACACAGAGCAGUGAUAGCGCCCUUUCCAGUGACAGCACACAGAGCAGUGACAGCACUCUCUCGAGCAACAGCAUACUCAGUAGUGACAGCACCCUUUCCAGCGAUACUACGCUGAGCAGUAGCAGCACCCUUUCGAGCGAUAGUCCACUGAGUAGUGGCAGCACCCUCUCAAGCGAUAGCACUCUCUCGAGCGACAGCACACUGAGCAGUGGUAGUGCCCUUUCCAGCGGCAGCACACUGAGCAGUGGCAGCACCCUUUCAAGCGAUACUACGCUGAGCAGUAGCAGCACCCUUUCGAGCGAUAGUCCGCUGAGUAGUGGCAGCACCCUCUCAAGCGAUAGCACUCUCUCGAGCGACAGCACACUGAGCAGUGGUAGCACCCUUUCAAGCGAUAGCACACUGAGCAGUGGCAGCACCCUCUCAACCGAGAGCACCCUUUCCAGUGACAGCACACUGAGCAGUGGCAGCACCCUUUCAAGCGAUACUACGCUGAGCAGUAGCAGCACCCUUUCCAGCGAGAUCACAUUGAGCAGUGGCAGCACCCUCUCGAGUGAUAGCACACAGAGCAGUGACAGCACUCUCUCGAGCGACAGCAUACUCAGUAGUGACAGCACCCUUUCCAGCGAUACUACGCUGAGCAGUAGCAGCACCCUUUCGAGCGAUAGUCCGCUGAGUAGUGGCAGCACCCUCUCAAGCGAUAGCACUCUCUCGAGCGACAGCACACUGAGCAGUGGUAGCACCCUUUCAAGCGAUACUACGCUGAGCAGUAGCAGCACCCUUUCGAGCGAUAGUCCGCUGAGUAGUGGCAGCACCCUCUCAAGCGAUAGCACCCUUUCCAGUGACAGCACACAGAGCAGUGAUAGCGCCCUUUCCAGCGGCAGCACACUGAGCAGUGGCAGCACCCUUUCAAGCGAUUUCAUACUCAGUAGUGACAGCACCCUUUCCAGCGAUACUACGCUGAGCAGUAGCAGCACCCUUUACAGCGAUAGUCCGCUGAGUAGUGGCGGCACCCUUUCAAGCGAUAUCACAUUGAGCAGUGGCAGCACCCUCUCAACCGAGAGCCCCCUUUCCAGUGACAGCACACAGAGCAGUGAUAGCGCCCUUUCCAGUGACAGCACACAGAGCAGUGACAGCACUCUUUCGAGCGACAGCAUACUCAGUAGUGACAGCACCCUUUCCAGCGAUACUACGCUGAGCAGUAGCAGCACCCUUUCGAGCGAUAGUCCGCUGAGUAGUGGCAGCACCCUCUCAAGCGAUAGCACCCUUUCCAGUGACAGCACACAGAGCAGUGAUAGCGCCCUUUCCAGCGGCAGCACACUGAGCAGUGGCAGCACCCUUUCAAGCGAUUUCAUACUCAGUAGUGACAGCACCCUUUCCAGCGAUACUACGCUGAGCAGUAGCAGCACCCUUUCCAGCGAUAGUCCGCUGAGUAGUGGCGGCACCCUUUCAAGCGAUAGCAUACUCAGUAGUGACAGCACCCUUUCCAGCGAUACUACGCUGAGCAGUAGCAGCACCCUUUCGAGCGAUAGUCCGCUGAGUAGUGGCAGCACCCUCUCAAGCGAUAGCACUCUCUCAAGCGACAGCACACUGAGCAGUGGCAGCACCCUCUCAACCGAGAGCCCCCUUUCCAGUGACAGCACACAGAGCAGUGAUAGCGCCCUUUCCAGCGGCAGCACACUGAGCAGUGGCAGCACCCUUUCAAGCGAUACUACGCUGAGCAGUAGCAGCACCCUUUCCAGCGAUAGUCCGCUGAGUAGUGGCGGCACCCUUUCAAGCGAUAUCACAUUGAGCAGUGGCAGCACCCUCUCAACUGAGAGCCCCCUUUCCAGUGACAGCACACAGAGCAGUGAUAGCGCCCUUUCCAGCGACAGCACACUCAGCAGUGACAGCACUCUCUCGAGCGACAGCAUACUCAGUAGUGACAGCACCCUUUCCAGCGAUACUACGCUGAGCAGUAGCAGCAUCCUUUCUACCGAUAGUCCGCUGAGCAGUGGCAGCACCCUUUCAAGUGAAAGCACCCUUUCCAGUGACAGCACACAGAGCAGUGAUAGCGACCUUUCGAGCGAAAGCACUCUUUCCAGUGACAACAUGCUUUCCAGUGAUAGCACCCUUUCAAGUGAUCGCACCCUUUCCAGUGAUCGUACGCUGAGCAGUGACAGCACCCUGUCAAGUACUGGCAUCCUUUCCAGCGACAGCACACAGAGCAGUGAUCGCACCCUUUCAAGCGAUAUCACCGUUUCCAGUGAUAGUACACAAAGCAGUGACAGCACCCUUUCAAGUGAUACUACGCUGAGCAGUAGCAGCAUCCUUUCUAGCGAUAGCACACUGAGCAGUGACAGCACCCCCUCACGUGAUAGCACCCUUUCCAGCGACAGCACACUGAGCAGUGGCAGCACCCUUUCAAGCGAUACUACGCUGAGCAGUAGCAGCAUCCUUUCUAGCGAUAGUCCGCUGAGUAGUGGCAGCACCCUCUCAAGCGAUAGCAUCCUUCCCAGUGGCAGCACCCUCUCAAGCGAUACCACUCUAAGCAGUGACAGCACCCUUUCAAUCAAUGCUGGACUUGAGGCGUCACUCAAAGCCAAAAAUGCAGCUGACGUAGCCAUCGCAGCAUCACAAAAUGGCUCGGCUCUGGACAUGCAGUUGGCCGCCCUGGCUAUGGAGGCAGCUGGAAUAGCGUCCAGGGCAAUAGGAGCUGCACAAAACGUCACCUCAGCAGAAGCAACGACGCAAACAAUAAUGGAUGCUCGCCAAAUGGCCAAAGAGGUUGAUGACGACUGGAGAGCAUUCACGACGAGGGUGCAAAACAUGCUGACAGGGACCAUGCAGGAAUGCUCAGGGGGGUUAGUGGACCAACUGGCGAUCUUGACUGUGGCGUCCACAGGGCAGGUGUGCACGGACUUUACCAGACAGGUGGCAGAGUUGGCUUUGACGACAAGCACGGCAGGCCAACCCCUUAACUCCGAGACGGACGAGAUGCGAGCUCUGGCGUCUGCCACAGCCUCGUCCGCAAAUGUUGCAGUGCGAACGGCAAACACAACGUUGGCCACAGCUACGCAGUCAAACAGAGCUCACGUCCAGAUGUUCUCACUCACCACCAUUCUCGCCACCACAGUGCUCACGCUGAUAUUGUGA